AUGUCGCAUUCAAGCCACUCAGAUCCUGAGAAGGUUAUCGACGAGAAGGCCCCUCCAGCUGGCGGAGCCACUCAACUUGAACAUGUUAACAAUGUUGAUGAUGUGAAAGGCGUAAAGAAAGUCGUUGAAGUUCGAAACGCAGCCUACGUGGCUGCGACAACACAGUCCCGACUCGAUCCUUGGUCUCGCGACUCUCUCUUCCUUUACUGGUGCUGUUUCGUAUCUUUCCUAUGUUCUUGCGCCAACGGUUACGAUGGUUCACUUAUGACUGCGAUUAACGCCAUGGAGUACUACCAACAUAAGUUUAGCUCGGGAACCCUUGGUUCCACUACCGGUAUCAUCUUUGCUAUCUACACAGUUGGUGGUUUGGUUGCUCCAUGGUUCGCGGGUCCCAUCACCGAUCGCUUUGGGCGUCGUGGUGGUAUGUUUACCGGUGCGCUUAUUAUUUGCGUUGGUACUGCUAUCAUCGCCUCUUCCAACGUGAAGGGCCAAUUUAUUGCUGGCCGCUUCGUUCUCGGUUUCGGCGUUGCCAUCUUAACGACUGCCGCCCCCUCUUAUUGUAUUGAGAUUUGCCCUCCUCAAUGGCGUGGUCGUAUGACUGGCUUUUACAACUGCGGAUGGUUCGGAGGAUCUAUUCCCGCUGCUGGUAUCACUCUCGGCACAAGCAAGAUUAAGUCCGACCUCUCUUGGCGCUUGCCUCUGAUUUUCCAGGCCGUCCCCUCCGUAGUCGUUAUCCUUGCUGUUUGGUUCCUUCCAGAAUCUCCCCGUUGGCUCAUGGCCAACGAACGUGAUGAAGAGGCACGCGCCUUCCUCGUCCGUUACCACGGUGGAGGGGAUGCCAACAGCCCACUAGUCGAACUUGAAUGGCAUGAAUUUAAGGAAGGCAUCGAGGUUGAUGGUGCUGACAAGCGCUGGUGGGACUAUUCUGCCCUCUUCAAGACUCGUUCUGCACGUUGGCGUUCUCUCAUGGUUUUGCUCAUGGGUGUCUUCGGUCAAUUCUCCGGUAACGGCCUCGGAUAUUUCAACACCGAAAUCUAUGGUGCCGUUGGUUACGACAACUAUAUGCAGUUCGUGCUCAACUUGGCAAACUCGUUCUGCUCUGCUUUUGGAGCAGGAUGUGGCGUGGCACUAGCUGACAAGAUGCCUCGUCGCAAGGUCCUCGUUAUUGGAACAGUUGUUUGUUCAGUGAUGCUUGCCAUCAACGGUGGCCUCUCUGCCAAGUGGGCACAGACCCCUGAGGACCAGAAGAACUUGAACGUCGGAAGAGGCGCUGUUGCUGCCUUCUUCUGGUUCAACAUUAUCUAUUCGUUCGCCUACACCCCACUCCAGGCGCUCUACCCAGUCGAGUGUCUCCACACCAAUGCACGUGCCAAGGGUAUGGCUAUGUAUGCGUUCGUCGUUGGUGCUAUUUCUUUCAUCAACUUGUACGCCGGCCCCAUCGCUCUUGAGAACAUCAAACACAACUACAUCUUCAUUUUCGUCGGAUGGGAUCUGAUUGAAGCCACGCUCUGGUACUUCCUUUGCGUCGAGACUGUCGGCCGAACUCUUGAAGAGCUGGAGGAAAUCUUCAACACAAGCUACCCCGUGGCUGCCUCCACUCGCAAGAACAAGGUUGCCGUCAAAGAUUCUGGUGCCGUUGCCGUUGUCGAUCAAACCUACUAA